GUUAAAAAUGUAAGAAAAAGAAAGAAGGCCCAGUCCGGCCCAAUUAGAAGGUGUCCCCUACGACUGAGACACCAGUUUAAAAAGGGUCCACGUGUGGCGAUUUGUCUGACAGUUCAGAGCCCCAGUUUCCCACAUAGUCUGUCAGGCGCCGCUCAGCCCCCCAUUCGUAGGGCUUACGUCAUCCUCUUCUCGUCUAAUCACCCGGCGGCUCCCUCCUUAUCAAAUCUCUCUCAUCCGACGGCUCACAUUUCACACGCUUCUAAUUCCCAAUAUUUCUGCGUAUUUAUCCCGUCGUCUACCCGCCGAUCACGGGUGACUUCCUGCCUUCUCCUUCUUUUUACACUCUAAAUUCCGUUUCCUCGUCGAUUCCUCCUCCGCCAUGGCUUCCGCUCGCGACGGCCACUACAGAGGCGUCCGGAAGCGCCCAUGGGGUCGCUACGCCGCCGAGAUACGCGACCCAUGGAAGAAGACCCGUGUCUGGUUGGGUACUUUCGACACCCCUGAAGAAGCCGCCCUUGCUUACGACGGCGCUGCUCGCUCCCUCCGUGGUUCCAAGGCUAAAACUAACUUUCCUCUGCCUCUCUCCGCCGCCGGCCUCUGUUUCGACCUCAACGUUUCUCGACCCACUGCUUCACCCUCCUCCUCCUCCUCUGCUCGUCUUCUCCUCGGCGAUUUCCUCCGCCAUGGCGCUCCUCGCCACGAGAUGUGUAAUGUGGAUGUCGAGGUGUCUCCGGUGCUUGUCGAUUCCAGCGCUCCGACGCCGCCGUCCAAUACGGCGUCGUUUAUUGGGCAUGUGCGGCGUGUUCUACCCUUUGAUCUCAAUGAGCCUCCGCCGGUGUGGCUAUGAUUGAUUGAACGAAAUAUCUUCCACCGGCGUUUUUUCACCGGUCCUCUGUAUCCAUUUUCACCGCUACAUUUCAAGAAAAAAAAAACCCAUUAAACCAAAAACUAAGAUAUGUAAAUACAAGUUCUAGGUGGACAUUGAUUCAUUGUCUCGUGUAAUAGAUAAAUUAGAAAUGUCUA